AUGGGUUCUGUUGAUUCCGGGACGUUCGACGUCAAAAAAAUCGCCAUCAUCGGCGCUGGCCCAUGUGAUAUCCGCCACCUUAUCCGCUUUUCAACCCAGGUCAAGAACGUCUCGCUUCGACGGGAAGGGAGCCAUGACCGCUGGGAUGUCGACACCGUGAACCUUCUCGAUGGCCAGAAAUCGAAGGAUACCUUUGACGCUGUCGUGGUAGCCAACGGGCACUACGCAACGCCAUUCAUCCCAGACGUCAAGAACAUCAAGGAAUUCGACGCCGCACAUCCCGGCGUGAUCUCUCACGCGAAGACGUAUCGCGUGCCCGAGGACUACGCCGGGAAGAAGGUGCUGGUCGUGGGCAACGCGUCUUCGGGCCUCGAUAUCGCCUCCCAGAUCAGCCGGCACAGCAAGAGCCCCCUGCUAUUAUCCGUGCACGAGCCUACUCCCGAUGAGAACUUGGAGCACGUCCGGGCCGAGGAGGUGCCCGCGAUAGAGGAGUUCCUCGUAGAGGAGAAGGGUGUCAGGUUCACCGAUGGCAGGGUGGAGAAGGACCUGGACGCCAUCUUAUACUGCACAGGGUGGGAGGAGGAAGAAGCCAAGAGGCACGGCAAGUCUUUCCACGUCUUCCCCAAGCUUGGCGAUGCCGACCUUCUUGAUGAGUUUCGCGACUGGGUCAAGCAAUCCAGCAGCAGCCAGGGCAAGGAGCCGCCAGUGUGGAACGCAGAGCAGAAGUGGGAGCGCGGGAUUUAUGUCGAGGGCAAAGCUCAAGUUCGAGACCACAGGGCGGAAGGCGAAGUCUCUCAAGGAACUCGGAUUCCCGUAUGA